GGAUUUUGAGGGAUGGAGUGGGAUGGGGAAGGGAUACCCCUCUCCAUAGUGGCUCUUGUGUCUAAAACAGUAGACAUCCUCUCUUUGUUUCUCUCUUCCACUCCAUCUUUUUCAUUCCUUCUUUUUAAUUAGGGUUUAGGGGUUUAAGGGCUGUUCCAAUUAUACAAAAUUUCAGUAAUCUAAGAAAUCUCCCGAAUUUGUUAGGGUUUAAAGUUCAGCAGUCAUGGGGAAGGCGAAGAAAUCACCUAAAUUUGCAGUCACGAAGAGAUUAAUCAGCUCUAAAAUGAUCAAAAAGACAAAAGAGGAUAUUCUAAACCCUAGAAAGAAAGAUCUUGAGAAGGAAAAAUUACCCAGAAACGUGCCUCAAGUAUCAUCAGCUUUGUUCUUUAAACAUAAUAGUGCAUUGGGUCCUCCUUAUAGGGUUUUGGUGGAUACCAAUUUUAUCAACUUCUCUAUUCAGAACAAGUUAGAUUUGGAGAAAGCAAUGAUGGAUUGCUUGUAUGCAAAAUGCACUCCGUGCAUUACAGAUUGCGUCAUGGCAGAGCUUGAGAAAUUGGGUCAGAAGUACCGAGUAGCUUUGAGGAUUGCAAAGGAUCCUCGGUUUGAGAGACUCCCAUGUACUCACAAAGGAACAUAUGCUGAUGAUUGUCUCGUGGAUAGAGUUACCCAGCACAAAUGCUACAUCGUUGCAACAUGUGAUAGAGAUUUGAAGCGAAGAAUUCGCAAGGUUCCUGGAGUUCCAAUCAUGUACAUCACUAACCAUAAGUACUCGAUCGAGCGACUACCUGAAGCAACCCUUGGUGGAGCUCCGCGAUAUUGAUGACCGAGGAUGAUUCUCUUUGGCAUGAGGAAAGCCAUCACUCUUGUCACUUUCAGAUUUGCUCAUGAACUGGUGUCUGAAAGCCAUCACUCUUGUCACUUUCAGAUUUGCUCAUGAACUGGUGUCUGCUCUGCAUGUGAUUAGAGGUUGAUUUGUGCUUUUGCUCUAUGAGACGACAUCUUCCUGUCCUGUUGGUUUUUUCUUUAGACUUAUCCAACUACCCGGAGGAAACAAGAAAACAGUUUUAACUUCAUAGUCUGUCCUUAUGUUUUCAAAGAGAACUGUUGUACAACUUAAACCAGAAUGUAAUCAGUGUUUGUUCUCUAUUAAUGUGGAAUUAAUUUUGGAAAAUUUAU